UCACCGUACUCACGACUUUAAUAUCAGUGAGACCACGCAGGCACGCACGAAUUGAUUGUCCCACUCCUCCUCACUCCACUAAUUCUGCAAUCCCCUCUCCCACCUCUCUCCCACCGUAGAUCUACACAAUGGUUGUCGGCUCCGUCCUCGUCACUGGUGGCACGGGCUACAUUGGCUCCUUCACGGCGCUGGCGCUUCUGGAGGCUGACUACAAGGUCGUGAUUGUCGACAACCUGUACAACUCCUCUGAGGAAGUUAUCAACCGCAUUGAGCUCAUCAGCGGCAAGCGACCUGAGUUCUACAACGUUGAUAUCUGCGAUGAGGCUGCCUUGGACAAGGUGUUCACCGAGCACCCCGACAUUGACAAUGUCAUCCACUUUGCCGCUCUGAAGGCUGUAGGCGAGUCUGGCGAGAUUCCCCUGGAAUACUACCGCGUCAACGUAGGAGGCAGCAUCACCCUCCUCCAAUCUAUGAAGAAGCACAACGUCACCAACAUUGUCUUUUCCUCCUCAGCAACCGUCUACGGUGAUGCCACUCGCUUCCCCAACAUGAUUCCCAUCCCUGAGCACUGCCCCAUCGGCCCAACCAACACCUACGGCCGCACCAAGUCUACCGUCGAGGGCAUGAUCACCGACCACAUCGAGGCCGAGCGUAACAAGGCCAAGAAGGCUGGUACUGACGGCGGCAAGUACAACGCCGCUUUGUUGCGUUACUUCAACCCCUCUGGUGCGCACCCCAGCGGCAUCAUGGGCGAGAACCCCUUGGGCGUCCCGUACAACCUCCUUCCUCUGCUUGCGCAGGUAGCAAUAGGCAAGCGGGAGAAGCUUCUCGUUUUCGGCGACGACUACAAGUCCAAAGACGGCACAGCGAUCCGCGACUACAUCCACGUGCUAGACCUCGCGCGUGGCCACGAAGUCGCACUCAAGUACCUGCGCGAGAACCAGCCUGGUGUCAAAGCGUGGAACCUUGGGUCAGGCCGGGGCUCCACCGUCUUCGAGAUGGUCAAGGCCUUCAGCCACGUCGUGGGUCGCGAUCUGCCGUACGAGGUUGCGCCGCGCCGCCAGGGCGACGUGCUGGACCUCACGGCCAAUCCGACGCUCGCGAACAAGGAGCUCAAGUGGAAGACAGAGUUGACGCUCGAAGAUGCGUGCGCGGAUUUGUGGAAGUGGACGGAGAACAAUCCUGAGGGAUAUGGGCAGGCGCCACCGAAGGAGUUCGUCGAGGCUUUGAAGAACAAGGCGUAGGGUGCUUGAUUGAGAGAUUGUCUCUUCUUUCGGGGAAAUGUGAUGAUGAAAAUCGCGUUCUUCAGCUUUCGGAUACGACCUUGGGGAGGACAUAACGCAUGCAUAUAGCGUAUAUAUAUAGAUCACGACAAAACCCAUACCGGUAUCGUCUCGUUCGGAGACUCAAUGACGACAGUCUGACC